AAAAGGAAAAGAAAAGAAAACAACGAGAGUUUCUCGCUCGGAGACUCCUUUUCUGAGUAUAUAGUCGUCCCAACUUUCUACGUCUUGCUUUUCUUUCUCACUGUCUCUGCUUCCUAGUGCUUUCCCGUGGUUAGGGCUUUCUCGCUCCAGAUUCGCAGGUAGCUCCAUCUGUGAGCAAUUUCAGAUUGGAGGUUGGUCCGUGGGCGUGUGAUGAGAGGUGGCUUGUUGGAAAGAGGGAAUUGAAGAGAGAGGCUGGGUUUGAAUGAUGGCUAGCAAGAGAUCUGCUAUAAAUUGUCUGAGCUGUGCACAGGUCUUUACGGCGUUUGUAUUGAUCUAUGCGGCACGAAUUUUGCAUGGAUAUACUAAUCCUGCCGACGUUGCUGCAAUUAAUGGUUUAUAUGUUGCACUUGGAUCCCCGUCCCUUCCUGGAUGGGUUCCUAAUGGUGGAGACCCAUGCACUGAAUCUUGGCAAGGAGUUCUAUGUAACAAUACAGAUAUUAGUUCAAUAAUUCUUAUUGAUGCAAAUUUGGGAGGAGAGCUAGGCGACAGCUUAAGCUCUUUUACUUCUAUCAAAGGAAUACAACUGAGCAACAACCACAUUGGGGGUAGCAUUCCUUCCAAUCUUCCAGUGACCUUGCAGACCCUCUUCCUUUCAGAUAAUGAUCUAAGUGGAAGCAUCCCAAGUUCUUUGUCGUCUCUAACUCAACUGUCCGCUAUGUCUCUCAAUGGCAAUCAAUUGACUGGAGAAAUACCUGACGCCUUUCAGGGCCUUAUAGGGUUGUUCAAUCUAGAUUUAUCCAGCAACAAUUUGAGCGGGCAACUCCCGCCCUCACUGGAGAAUUUGUCAUCUCUGACCACUCUUCAUUUGCAGAAUAAUCAGCUUUCUGGGACUCUUGAUGUUCUGCAAGAUCUUACACUCAAAGAUUUGAACAUAGAGAAUAAUUUGUUCAAUGGGCCUAUACCUGAUAAGUUGCUGAGCAUUCCCAAUUUCAAAAAAGAUGGGAAUCCAUUCAACAGUAGUAUUGCUCCAUUACCUUCAGCCACAUCCCCAACAACACCACCUCCAGCCCCAUCAUUUUCUGGGCCACCAUCUUCUGGAAAAGCUCCUGGGGCAUCAUCUUCUGGAAAAGCUCCAGGGGGAAAGGCUGAUGGACCAUCUGCACCAGAGGAAUCAAAUGCCAAAAGAAGCAAAAAAACUACCAAAAGGGUAGUUUGGAUAUCAAUUGCUGGGGUGUUAUCAUUUAUAAUUUUGGUAUUAGCAAUUUUGCUUUUCAUGCCAAGGUAUCAAAGGAGGAGGCUAGAAGCAGACAGAAUUUCUAAGCGCCAUGAAAUAGCUCCAUAUGAAGGCAGUAGAGAUAAUGGACCCGAUAGUGGAUCUAUAGUUCCGGCAAGCAAUCAAAUUGAUAAAGUACCAAAAGUGGCAGUUGUGAAGCCAAAGGAAGAUCAUCAAACAGGAUCAAGAACAGGCUUGACUUCAAAGCCACGGAAUGAGUCAGAGCUAAACAUGUCAAGGAUGAGUGCGAUACCAAGACAGGAUGGUCGUGAAAUAGACGUGAGCAGAUACGAUAUUGAUUCACUACUGCCGCCGCCGCCGCCACCACCACCUCCACCCCCUCCUCCACUGCCUCCAACUCAUUUUGAGAAGGUCAUUGUAGAGCCAAUUUCACCUGCUACAGCAACCAUAGAGAGGCCUUCCGCAAAAUCUUCAGGUCCUCGAAUUUCUGCUAAGUCCUACACAAUUGCUUUUCUUCAGCAACAUACAAAUAGCUUCUCCCAAGAAAAUCUUAUUGGAGCAGGCAUGCUAGGAAGUGUCUAUAGGGCUGAGCUUCCUGACAGAAAGUUACUCGCUGUUAAAAAACUGGACAAGAAGGCUUCCAGUCAACAAAAGGAUGAUGAGUUUCUUCAUCUGGUGAAUACCCUAGAUCAAAUUCGUCAUGCUAAUGUUGUCGAGCUCAUGGGUUAUAGUGCAGAGCAUGGGCAAAGGCUUCUGAUUUAUGAAUAUUGCAGUAAUGGGACACUACAGGAUGCUUUGCACUCAGAUGAUGAAUUCAAGAAACAGCUUUCAUGGAAUACCCGCAUCCGCAUGGCCCUUGGUGCUGCAAGAGCUUUGGAGUACCUGCAUGAGGUCUCUGAGCCCCCCAUUAUCCAUAGGAAUUUCAAAUCUGCCAAUGUUCUCAUUGAUGACGAACUUCAUGUACAUGUCUCUGACUGUGGCUUGGCUACUUUAAUAUCAUCAGGCUCUGUGAGUCAGUUGUCCGGGCACCUCCUCACAGCUUAUGGUUAUGGAGCUCCUGAAUUUGAGUCAGGAAUUUAUACCUCCAAAAGUGAUGUUUACAGCUUUGGAGUGGUGAUGUUGGAACUCUUGACAGGCAGAAAAUCACAUGACAGGACACGGAAUCGAGGUGAGCAAUUCCUGGUGAGAUGGGCAAUCCCUCAGCUUCAUGACAUUGAUGCUUUGUCAAGGAUGGUUGAUCCUUCUCUACAUGGAGAAUACCCUGUCAAAUCCUUGUCCUUCUUUGCUGAUAUUAUUGCCCGAUGUGUUCAGGCGGAGCCCGAGUUCAGGCCGCCAAUGUCUGAGGUUGUUCAGGACCUGCUACAAAUGAUACGAAGAGAGCCUCCGACUAGACAGGAGGGGGAAUGAAAUGAUGUGGAUUGCGCAGAGGAAACUGGUAACUGAGCUCAAGAACUAGUGAAUUCCCAGAGAUUUGAUGCUCCAGAUAGUUAACCCAGGAAGAUCCUAUCUGUAAACAAACUGCAGAGUUGACACCCCUGCUAACACACCCAACACCAAAAGCCUGCCCAAUGGAAACAUCAACUGAAGCCACAGAUCAUAUUUGUCUGUAAUGGGUCAUCUUUAUAGUUUAUUCCCUUCUUCUGCUCAAUUGUUUGGAAUCAUUACAAUGUUACAGUUCAAUUAUGCCAGGACACUAGGCUGCGUAAGUUGGGGUUGGGUCCAUGAUAGUUAUUUAUUAAUUAAUUUUUGAUAA